AUGAACGUAUUAAUAGAACGAGGGAAAACCCACGAAGUUCAAUCAAUAUUUGACAGCUUGAUAGAAGAGGGGCAUAGACCAACUGUGGUAUCAUUUACAACUUUAUUAGCUGCUUUGACAAGCCAAAAGCGAUUUGAUUCCAUUCCUAAUAUCAUUGCACAAUUUGAAUCAUACGGAUUGAAGCCUGACGCAAUAUUCUUCAACGCCAUUAUCAAUGCUUUUUCUGAGUCUGGGAAUGUUGAUGAGGCCAUGGCUGCCUUCUGGACGAUGAAAGAGAGUGGCUGUCGACCGACAACCAGCACCUACAAUACUUUGAUAAAAGGAUAUGGAAUAGCUGGUAAGCCUGAAGAGUCGGUCAAACUCUUAGAAUUGAUGUCGCGCGAAGCAAAUGCAAGGCCUAACCAGCGGACAUACAAUAUGUUAAUCAGAGCCUGGUGCAAUAAGCAGAAUCUUACAGAGGCAUGGAAUAUCGUUUAUAGAAUGGUUGCUUCUGGUGUAAAGCCCGAUGUAGUCACCUAUAAUACCAUAGCACGAGCUUAUUCUCUGAAGGGUGAAACGAGUAGAGCUGAAGACCUGAUAUUGGAGAUGCAAUCUAUGAAACUGCAGCCAAAUGAACGCACAUGUGGUAUUAUAAUCAGUGGCUACUGCAGCGAAGGUAAUAUGAGAGAGGCUCUGGAGUUCGUUUAUCGUAUGAAAGGACUUGGUGUAAAGCCAAAUCUAGUUGUCUUCAACUCUCUGAUUAAAGGAUUCCUAGAUGCUGAGGACACUGGUGGGGUUGAUGAGGUGAGUCUCCAAUAUCUAUGAUUUCUGUCUUCGUCACUUUUCAUGUGGGAAUCUAUGGACGGGGAUAAAAUGCCUGUUGGAAAUCUGCUUGUUCCAUUCUGUCGAAUGUGUUUUAUCUUGCCCCGCUUUCGUCCUGUGGCUUGUCACAUCUUUCUCUGCACGCAUGCUUCUGAAUCAGAUAUUUAAUACAGUAAUUCAGACUGUUGGUUGCUUUUGAACCGAUUACAAGCAAUUUCCUAUUCGAUUAAAGCUUCAAUUCCCUGCAAAAAUAAAGCUCCAUAGAGAUCACAAGGGCCAUGACAAGGGGAUUCAUGUCAGUGAGGCAGCUACUUCAUAGUUAAAGUUAGUCUCUCUGAUUUUAUCGACCUCCUCGUAUUACAUGACAGUUGACAAGAAUGCUAAAUGUUUGUAAAAAGCAAGAACAAAACCGAAUCUUCCAUCAUGGCAACGAAUGGGACCAAAAUAAGGGGGCUCUCGCUUAUAAACUGAACUGACUUAUAUUUGGUUUCUGGCACCAGUUGUUGAAGGUUAGAUGGCAGGACUGAAUUUGUCAGUACAAGCCAUUUAUUCCUCUUCAAUCCUAACUGAAACUAGGUAGAUCCAACAAAGGUUUAUGAUUAUGAUAGACACAGACCUUCGGGAUGGACCCACUGAGACGUCUGUUCGAAACCAACCGCGCUGGUCUGUUUCGAUCGUUGACCAGUUCUUAGCAGGUUCUUGUGUCCACGCAAGUCAGCCAGCUAGUGUUGUGAUGCGUGUUUCCAGAGAAAGAUGAACAAGUCUUUUUUUUUCUUUCUUUCAAUCACUAAAUCCAGCUGAAAGGUUGCAUCUUUGUUUCCUGUUUUCUCCUUAUUUCGGGCUGUCCUCCAUAUUAGGCUGCUAGAUUUUGAUCCUGGUCGUCUGGGUACAGUAACAUGGUGAGAAAAUAAGAAAAGAUUAUCCCUUUUUGGUAGGUUUUGACGCUGAUGGAGAGCUUCGGAGUCAAGCCAGAUGUGGUGACAUUCAGUACCUUGAUGAACGCAUGGAGUGCAGCCGGGCUCAUGGACAAGUGCAGGGAGAUCUUCGACGACAUGGUGGAAGCGGGCAUAGAACCAGACGCGCAGGCGUACAGCAUCCUCGCCAAGGGCUAUGUCCGCUCAGGAGAACCUGAGAAGGCCGAGGCCCUGCUGGCGACAAUGGAGGAGCAGGGGAUGCGCCCUAAUGUCGUCAUCUUCACCACCAUCAUCAGCGGGUGGUGCAGCGCCGGCGACAUGGAGAGGGCCAUGGAGAUCUUCGAAAGGAUGCGGGAGUUCCAGGUGGGCGCCAACAUAAGGACCUUCGAGACCCUGAUUUGGGGGUACGGGGAGACCAAGCAACCGUGGAAGGCGGAGGAGCUCCUCCAGGCGAUGGAAGAAGCCGGCGUGCAGCCGAAGAAGACGACCCUGCAGCUCGUGGCCGAAGCCUGGAGGUCGAUCGGGUUGCAGAACGAGGCCGGGAGGGUUUUGGACUCUGCGGAUGACCUAGACCCGCCUCGCCGACCAGAUCUGAAGGACGGCGCCGCCGUGGAGCUCAAGGGUUUGGGAUCCUCUUCUUCCGGUCUCCGGCAGCCGUCGAACGCCAUCAACGAUCAGCUUGCGUGGACUAAGAGAGGUCGAAUGGUGCUGGGAGGCGACCUUCCGGAGAGCCUCUGGACGGCGACGAGGUCGAUGUUUCUCGGCCAUGCCUGUAAAUACGGAGUUCAUCACGCGGUCGUCUGCCGGAAGCUCUCCCUCUCCCAGCUCGGGAUCUCUGCGGAGGUUGUAAAUACCUGCCGGCCGGUGUUCCUCCGCUGA